UUUCACUUGUCGCGCUGAGUUCGUUCGUGUCGCAGCAGCAGCAGCAGCAGCAGCAAGUAGCAGCAGCAGCAGCAGCAGCGAGUGUGCCGUUAUUCCGUUCGUUACAUAAAGAAGAGAUUUCAUAUAGCAAGUUUAAGUGCGCUGCUCAGUUGCGAAUCGCAUAAAUCAUUCAGCGAAAGCAGCAUUGUGAUAAACAUUUAAACAGCCCAUGUAAACGAGGGGAGUCAGCGCGACCCACAAGCGUAAAAUAUUGAAAUCAUAAUUGAAAUCGACAGAAACGCAAAUAAAAGAAAAGAAAAGUAAUGCAAUGAUUUCCGAGCACCAGUGACUGUGUAUCUGGUAUAUAGAGCCCGAAAAUAAAAAUGAAAGAUUAAAUGUGCCGUAACACGGGCGUUCAAAAAAGUAUCAGGUAGUCGUGGGCUCAGGGAAAAAAAGAGGAGUUCAAAGAGGAAGAGGUGGAGGGGUGGCAAGGUGGCCAAAGACGAAAGACGAAAGGCGAACGAAAAUGUAAUAGAGGUCAAAAGAAGCAUUGAUUUAACGUGUGCACUUCCUCCCACUUUCACCUCCACUCCUCUGGCCUCUUCUUCUUCUGGUUCUCCCUGUUAUCCUCCCACCACCACUACCACCACCACUGUGUGUCCUGUGUGCCGUUUUUCGUGCCACGACUGUGCCCUGUGUGCGUGUCUCUCUCGCAAUAUUUGCGUGUGCGUGCCUCUGUCUCUGUGUGUUAUAAAUAAUUUGUUUAAAAUUCGUCAAAUCGCUUGACGUUUCAUUCAAUAAAUUUCACCCAAAAAGUCACAGGGACACGAACACACACGCAAACACACACACACACACACACUCACACGCACCGCCCCGUGUGGCGCCCGUGAAACGUGUAUGUAUGUACAUAUGUGCGAAAAAUGUUGAUGACGAACCACUUACGUCUAUCGCAACCCACGAAACCAACGAAACCACCACAAACACAGCCGCAGCAGCUGAAAAAAUCGCAUGUAACACACCAACACACCCGCACACUAUACACACAUAGCCCUGGGACACACGUACAGUUCAAUAUCCAAUAAGAAACCAAGCAUAAUUACAUAAUCAAAUAGAACGACUGGCAAAAAAAAAAAAAUAAACGAAUAAAGACAAGAGACAAACACGAAUAAAAAAAUCACGAGCAACAAAAGCGGAAACCAGCGCAAACAAGGACAAGAAAGCAAACACGAAAAAACAACUCAAAGUGCAGAAUUAUUUAAUCAACGCCAGCCAGUCAGCAAGUCGAAAACCCUGGAAACGCCUAAAAAUAAAGGACACGCGAUAACCAAAAAUAGAACGUAAUGAUAAAACCAAAACCAAAGUACCUGCAACAAUGAAAUUGAGCAAAUCUUAAAAGCAUAUAACCCAAAAAUAAAAGCAAACCCAAGAUAGAAUUACUUUUAAAAAUAUACACAUGACUCGCUAUAUACAAAAGUGCUCUAGAUAAACGAAAAACGCUAACCAUAUAUAAACAAAAACCGUAGUUCGUUGCCGUUUGUUCACCACUGGAUAAUACCGAUACAGCCCAAGGACAUAGAGCGUACUCCCCGUUUGAGAUAGAGUAAUGGAACUAACCUCGUAGUUUGUAGAGAGACGAGCGUCUCUGCCCGUAGGUCAGCAAAAUAAACAAUUCAAAUAACCGCAACAUAAACGCACUUAACGACUAACUAAAACUACCAAGUAGUUGCCUCUCUAUAUACAAUAUAUAUAUAUAUAUAUCUAUAUAUAUAUAUAAAUAUAUAUACACCUACGAGAUAUAUACAAGAUACAAGAUAGCCGUAGCGAAUAGAUAAACGUCAGUCUGUAUAUCUACCUAUAUGGAUUUAUUUUUAUAAUGCCGCUAGAGCGAAACUCGAUCCCCGCCCUCGACCUAGGCCUUUCAAAUUGCAUCUGAAUAAGUAACGAGGGCGAUUAAUGCAUUAAUUGGGUGACGAAGGACGUCGCCACACGGAGUCUCAAGGAGGGACUGUUGCCGAGUCCGGGUUCUGGUCCAAGUCCGCACUGCUUUGCGUGUUGCUCGUGCCUGAUAUAAAAUCCACACCCAGGACCGUAAGCCGUAGACCUCAGACCGUAGACCCACGGAGGGAUACAAACGUAGAGGACGAAAUUAAGCUACCUGCUUUGGGUUUCCCGUGUUGCGUUGCCUUGACGUAACUCCGCCUUAACUCGCGUCGCUUCCAUUUGCCACAAAGUAAAAAAAAAAUACAAGGCGACCGCAAAGCCAAAACUGCGGUGCGUUCGUUAAACUUUCAUGACCAAACAUUAACUUAAGCAGGAAAGAGGAGAGAAGCGGCCAGAGGAGGGUUGGACAGCGAAGAGAUAGCAUACAUUUCGGAGCAAGGAAACUGAGCUGUCAUCAUCAUAACCCCUCCCCCCUCCAACAGCUAGUUUGUUUUUGUGAUAAAUAAUUCAACGAUCCACUCUCGGAUCCCGAUCCUGCCCACCCCACUUCAGCUCCAGUUACCGUUACAGUUACCGUUACCGUUACAGUUACCGUUAUAGCUCCAGCUCCUGGCCCCACCAUCACAUCUGUACACCACCAACCGAAUAGCAACAAUAACUAUACCCUAGUGGAUAAACGACAUUUAUAAUCCAAAGUACAAAACGAAUAGCCCCGAAAUAACGCUGUUAACUAAAUAAAACGAAUGCAAAACUAUAAAUAGUAACAUAUGGUAUUAUUAUACACGCAACUCAUAACAGAUAGAGUCCUAAAGAGUCACAUAACCUCAAACGAACAAGCGCAUAACAAAACGAAUUGAAACGAAAAGUGAAGAACCAUAAGCAAUAUAAGCAGUGCUGUUGACUAUUUUAGAGGCCAACUUUUAGAUAUCCUCACCCAACCUACGUUACUCAACCAAACACCUAAGAACCCACCAAAAUCGAAUCUAAAAACCUAACCUAAAACCUAAAAAAACACGGAUAACGACGACGACGACGAGGACGAACAGCCCCAUGUGCGAGUGAGACAGCCAGAUAGUAACACAACGAGAAGCAAUUUAUUUUUAUUUACGUGUCCGUGUGCCCGAGCGCUCGACCUGUAUUAGUUAAUGCCAAAAAUCGAAGCGGAAGUUGCACCCACACCUGCACACACACGACAACUACUGCUAAAUACACAAAAACACAUACUCAGCCGUCAUGACAAGGCCAAGAAUUGCAGCGGGCAUUGCGGGGCCCUCCCGGCGGCAAUAGCAAUAGCAACACCCUGAAACAAAAAAAAAAUACAGAAACCAGAAAUAUACCCAAAACAACAACCACGUUACGUUAGCGAAGGUGGCGCAAGUGGUUCGAGUGGUUCGAUGUGGCUCGAAUUCGAAUUCGAGUGCAGGUGGUGACGUGACAUCGGCGGCGUCGUGGGUCCAAGAAAAUGCACGUUAAACACACUCAGCGCCGAGUCAGCGGUCCUGGAGCCUUCGGAACAUUUACCAACGAUCAACGUGCCAGCCGCGACAACUUGUGCCCGGAGAACCAGCAGCAACAGCAGCAUCAGCAGCAACGGCACUCGCACUCGCACCAGCACUUGGUGCGCCAGUCUCUGGUGAGUCUCAGCAACGGACAGCCGGCGGCAUCGGCGGCAUCGGCGGCGGCGGACACCGUCUCGCUGCUGCGGGCGGGCGAUGACCAGCAGCAACAUCUGCAACAGCAACAGCAGCAGCAACAUCUGCAACAGCAACAACAACGUCAGCGCAGCAGCAGCAGUCGGCUAUCCACGAGCGGCAUCUCGAAGCAAAACUCCUCGGAUAGCAGGAGCGGACUGCGAAUCCUCGACAGCAGCCACAGUCCGGUGAGCUGUGGCACCCAGAGCGUGAGCAGCACUGGUGGCCAGUCGGCGCUCUACGAUGCCUGUCACGAGUACUCGCGCAGCUUGAGUGCCGCGGCUGCAGAAGGAGCCGGCUCGCUGCUCAAGAGCCACUACAGUGACCAGCAGUUGGCCAGCCAGCCGGAGCCUGACCCAGAACCGGAUCCGGAAAGGGAUCGGGAUCGGGAUCGGGAUCGAGACAGGGAACGGGAGCGUCGCCACCUGACCAAUCUCAAUCUCAAUCUGAACAGCGAGUACGACUACAGCGGCAGUGACAAGCAGCAACUGGUCAACGAGACGUACAUCUUCAAGUGCAUUGCCAACAGUCCCUCGUUCCUGCGCACCAACAAGAUCAAGGAGCAGUCGAAGAAGCUGCGCAAUCUCUCCCUGAAGACGCGCACGGCCAAGAAGAAGGGCCAGAUCAUCUCGAAGUCGAACGCGGUGUCGGACAACUCGCUGCAUCCGGGUGACAAGUACCUCAACUUGUAUCUGGUGGAGAAGAAGCACUCGCUGCAGCCGCAGGUGGCCUCCAGUUCGGGUUCGACGCCGCAUCCGCAGGCCUCCUCGGCGCCGGCCAGCUCCUCCUCCUCCUCCGCGUGCACGCGGGCCCAGCAGCAGCUGCCGGCCCUCUCUGCCGUUGCUGCCCGCCAGCAACAGUUGCUGCUGAACGGUUCGCUCAAGGCCAAGGGGCAGCAGCAGCAGCAGCAGCAACAGAGUCGCACCCAGACGCUGCCCGGCCAUCGGGCGUCGGUGCGGAGCGAGAGCGGAAGUGUAAGCGGGAGCAGCCACACCAUUCCGGCGACGGGCAAGAGUCCGCCGGUGCCGCACUCGCUGGCGGCCAGGAUCAGCAGCUCGGCCAGCGGCAGCAAGAACUGUAAUCUGCUCAGCGCCAGCAGCAACUCAUGCCACAAGCUGCACGCCCACGCUCACGGAUCGGGAGCAGGAUCAGGAUCGGGAGCAGGAGCAGGACCUGGACACUAUACGGCCGCCUCACCCAAGAGCUCGGUGAGCAGCAACGGGCACCUGAACAAGUACUGCCUCACGGACCUCACGCGCCGCAAGGCCGAGUUCAAUCGCCAGCUGAGCGCGCCCACGGAUUACACGCACCACUCGUCCAGCAACGGGUCGCAGCAGGAGGGCUCCUCGGAGGCCAACGAGGGCCACGAGCCGGUCGGGGAGUCAACCAUCACCGUAGCCAGUGCGGGCGUGUCGCACUCGCCGCACCCGUACUCCUAUCCGUAUCACUACGCGCACCACGCCUCCUCGGCCACAGCGCCCGCCAAUCUCAAGGCGUCGCUGCAGCUGCACAGCCUCGGGGGCCACCAUCCGUGUCCUUAUCCGGCCAGGCCCACGUCCACGUCGUGCACCAACAGCUUCAACCGGCGCCACAUCCGCCGGCACAAGGGCAAGCUCGGCGAUCGACUGCUGAGCGGGGAUAGUGAGGAAUCGGUGCGCUGCUCCUACUGCUCGGUGCUGAAUGUGAACGAGAACGACCUGCGCAUUUCGUUCGAGAACACUUGCACCGACUCGCUGGUCACCGCUUUCGAUGAUGAGGCCCUGCUAAUAUGCGACCAAGGAACCGAAAUGGCAAGGACAAAGGUACACUUUGAUGACGUGUCGUUGUACGGCACUCCGAAAGAGGAGCCCAUGCCCAACAUACCGAUCGUGUCGGAAAAAGUCUCUGCGAAUUUCCUAAAAAGUCAAUUGCAAUCAUGGUUCCAGCCGACGGACAACCGACUGGCCAUGAAACUGUUUGGCAGCCGCAAGGCGCUGGUCAAGGAGCGCAUACGUCAGAAAACUUCCGGACAUUGGGUCAUACACCCGUGCAGUUCAUUCAGGUUUUACUGGGACCUUUGCAUGCUUUUAUUAUUAGUAGCAAAUCUUAUUAUCCUGCCAGUCGCAAUAUCAUUCUUCAACGAUGAUCUGAGCACACGAUGGAUUGCCUUCAACUGCCUAAGUGAUACUAUUUUUUUAAUAGAUAUUGUAGUCAAUUUUAGAACAGGAAUUAUGCAACAAGACAACGCUGAACAAGUAAUAUUGGAUCCAAAGCUUAUAGCUAAACACUAUUUAAGAACUUGGUUUUUUCUCGAUUUGAUUUCGUCGAUACCGCUAGAUUAUAUAUUUUUAAUUUUCAAUCAAAUUAUGAAAUUGCAGGAUUUCUCUGAUUCUUUUCAAAUAUUGCAUGCCGGACGCGCCCUGCGCAUCCUGCGCCUGGCCAAGCUGCUCUCCCUGGUGCGACUGCUCCGCCUUUCCCGCCUCGUGCGCUACGUGUCCCAAUGGGAGGAGGUCUAUAUUCUGCAGAAUCUACAGAAAAAAAGUGCUGAUCGCAGAGGGAGAAUGAACAGAAAAGACAAAGAUGGCUUGACAAAAAGCAACCUAAUUCUCAAGUUCCUCAAUAUGGCCUCGGUCUUCAUGAGGAUCUUCAAUUUAAUUUGCAUGAUGCUCCUGAUCGGCCAUUGGAGCGGUUGCUUGCAGUUCUUAGUGCCAAUGUUGCAGGGUUUUCCAUCCAACUCCUGGGUCUCCAUCAACGAGUUGCAGGAAUCGUACUGGCUGGAGCAGUAUUCGUGGGCAUUAUUCAAGGCAAUGUCGCACAUGCUCUGCAUAGGCUACGGCAGAUUCCCACCACAAUCACUGACAGACAUGUGGCUGACGAUGCUGUCGAUGAUAUCCGGAGCCACGUGUUACGCAUUGUUCCUCGGUCACGCGACCAAUCUCAUCCAGAGCUUGGACUCCAGCCGGCGUCAGUAUCGCGAGAAGGUCAAACAGGUGGAGGAGUACAUGGCCUAUCGCAAGCUGCCGCGUGACAUGCGGCAACGCAUCACGGAAUACUUCGAGCAUCGCUACCAGGGUAAAUUCUUCGACGAAGAGUUGAUACUUGGCGAGUUGAGCGAGAAAUUGCGCGAGGAUGUCAUCAACUACAACUGCAGAUCCCUCGUGGCGUCAGUGCCUUUUUUUGCUAAUGCCGAUUCGAAUUUCGUUUCCGACGUAGUUACCAAACUGAAAUACGAAGUUUUCCAACCAGGUGAUAUUAUCAUAAAGGAGGGUACGAUCGGUACUAAGAUGUACUUCAUACAGGAGGGCGUGGUGGACAUUGUCAUGGCCAACGGCGAGGUUGCCACCUCACUAUCGGAUGGCUCUUACUUCGGUGAGAUCUGUCUGCUGACCAAUGCGCGUCGUGUGGCCAGCGUGCGAUCCGAAACCUAUUGCAAUUUAUUCUCGUUGAGCGUGGAUCAUUUCAAUUGCGUUCUGGAUCAGUAUCCGCUGAUGCGCAAAACAAUGGAGACUGUGGCCGCCGAGCGGUUGAACAAGAUUGGCAAGAAUCCAAACAUAAUGCAUCAGAAGGACGAGCAGCUGAGCAAUCCGGAGUCGAACACGAUUACGGCUGUGGUUAAUGCCCUGGCUGCCGAGGCGGAUGACUGCAAAGAUGAUGACAUGGAUCUCAAGGAGAAUUUACUGCAUGGGUCAGAGUCGAGCAUUGCUGAGCCGGUGCAGACGAUACGUGAGGGUCUCCCGAGGCCGCGGAGCGGGGAGUUCCGCGCCCUGUUCGAGGGCAACACCCCAUGACACUGAGGAGCGAUGAUGAGCGGUGCCGGCGGGCACCGGGCAACCAUCUGAAGCCAGCGGUUCGCUGGACAGUCACUCACCUAAACCCACAACCAUACCCCAAACAGGACUCCCACACUCACAUACACACACUGCGUAUAUAAUAAUUUAGUAAAAGGAACCCCAAGCCGCGAUAAGAGUACACUAAAAAAAGAAUCAAUUUAUGGUAGACACUCUAUAUAUGCAAUUGCGAUUUAGUAGAAAACGUAUUAAAAACGAAAAAUCCAAAAAAAGAAAAAAACAAAAACAAUUACACAAAAAAUGUCCUCAAUAAUUAUUCAUAAUUUCAGCUCCGCUAACUGUGAUGACUUUAAUAUAAGAAUCGAAAAAAAUUUAACAAAAAAAGAGAAAACGAGUACAUACAGAGAUAAAUUAUACGAUAGAGAGAACUCAGCAGCCAGCAGACAGAAUCAGAAUCAGAAAAUCACAACCCACAGCCAUAGAAGAUUUGCCACCUCAAACACACACACCUUACCCACACCAGACUCGCCAGACACACGAAAUACUGACAUAUAAAGUAAAUAGACAUAUAAGUUUUAUGCCCACGAUAUUGUAACGAUAACGAAGUGAAUAGACUUUUGAAUUGCUACAUAGGCGUUAGUCCUAUGGACCUACUACAAGAACACACAACCACACACACGCGAACACACCUGUAGCUGGUCAGGUGAACAGGUGAAAGGGUGACAAGCAUCAGGCAUCAGGCAUUGGACAUUGGGCAUCAGGCGACAGGUGACAGUCAGUCAGACAGACAUGCAUCAACUUAUGAUAUAAACGAAGCGAAGCGUUACAGCAUACCAAAACAUAGCUAAACGUAGCUAUUAUGUACUCGAGCAACCAACAAACAAACAAACAAUUAUGUAUUAUUGCGAUUAUAUAGCAUAUUUAAAUACGCAUUGCAAAAAAAAAGGGAAAACAUAACUCAGCAAAAUACAAGACAAGAAAACAACCCAAGAAACAAAACAAAAAGUACACAAAAGUAUUUAAGCAAAUUUAACGAAUGCGCAUUAGUAGUUGAACUAUUAGUUUUUCACUCACUAACAAACAAAACACCACUCGACACACAACGUAGUAGAGAAGCCUCAAAACAAAUAACAAAAUGGAAAAAAUAUAUUAAAAACGAACCUCAGGGUGCCGUCGUUUCAGCGGUCACCAAAAAAUAACAAAAAAAAAAAAAAAAGAACAGACAAGAAACCAACUAUAUACACAACAUAUAUAUACAAAACAUAGACAAUGUUGUCUUUUAUAGGGAAUUGUUAAAGCGCCUCAGUUACAUUUCAAGUAUUUAUUGCGGGCCUGCCGCCGAGCAAGAUCAUGAUUUACCAUUCGAAUUCAGAAUUUCUGUUCGAGAAACCAUAUUUAGUUGCGAGCGAGAUCUCUUUUGCAAGUGGUUCGUCUUUGAGUCCUUGUUUGUUUUACUUUCGGGCAUAAAUCAGGCGACGGACAGCGACUUGUUGAAGGAUUUAUGUAACUUAGUAUUUUAUUACACGUAAACUAAUAAAAAGAAAGCAGAAGGACAGCGUUUGCCUUAAAAUAAUA